AAAAGUUUCUGCCACAGGCGGGAAGUUCAAGACGAACCCCACACCCAUCCAUCGUUUUCCGCAGACACAGCGCAACACAUAUCGUCCCCUUCGGCCGAGCAUCUCCCUUAUUACAGGCACAAACUCAGGAGACUACGAUUUGCUUUGCGGUCGCGUAACCUGAUUCCUUCUGUCACAAUGGCCAAAAAGAGAAAAGCCCCCCGCAAUCCCGAGCCCAGCGGCCCGCGUGAAGUUGACCCCAAAGAUGCGCGCCUUACCAUCAAGACAUACGAAGAUGUCGCCGACUCUGAGGACGAGUACUGGGCAAACCAAGAUCGAAUCGGCUUAGAUGAUGACGACGAGCCGCGCUCCAAGCGCCUCAAAAGACAGGAGAAGGAAGACGCAUUCCUAGAGGCCUCGGACGAGGAGAUCCUUGGGGAGGACGAGUCGGACGGGAGUGAGGAAGAGGAGGAGGAGGAGGAAGUCGACAGGAAAAGGAAGGGGGCCAGGAAGGUUGCCGCACCGGAUGAUGAUGUGUUUGAAGAGGAAGCCAAGGGAGGAGAAGAGGAGGGAGAUGAAGGCUGGUGGGGCGCCUCAAAAAAAGAGUACUACAAUGCUGAUAAUAUAGAGACGGAAGCGGAUGCCUUGGAAGAAGAGGCAGAAGCCCGACGGCUUCAAGCCAAGAAGUUGGCUAAGAUGCAGGAGGCCGAUUUCGCCUUCGACGAGAGCGAAUGGCUAGUGCCGACAGAACAAGCUGGGGAAGAACAGGAGGUGGUGACAGAAGUCUUGAAGGAGGUCGAGGUGACAGACGAUAUGGGACCCGAGGAGAGGUACAAGCUGUUGCAGACUCGGUAUCCCGAAUUCGACUACCUGGUGGACGAGUUCAGGGAAUUGCAGCCCAUGCUGCCCAGUUUGCAAAAGGAAGCUGAAGGGAGACCUGCCAAGUCGUUGGAAGUGAUCAAGUCCUGGUUAGCCGGGUGCUACGUUGCUGCGUUGGCGAGCUACUUUGCUAUUCUGACAUCCCCUUCACGAGACAGCAAUGGGUCAGUGGGCACUCUGACCCCGUCAGAACUCAGGGAUCAUGAGGUCAUGGAAACCCUUGUGGAGUGCCGCGAAGCGUGGUUGAAGGUCAAACACCUCAAGUCGAAAGCGUCAAUUGCUCCGAGCACCGGCAUGCUCUCGCCACCUGAGGAAGAUCUUGAGAUGCUGGAUGCUAUGCCGUUACCGAAGCGGAAAGCCGAGAAACUUUCCAAGGCCGAGAUCAAAGCAAACAAGAAGAAGGCGGCAGAGGAGGCCAAGAAAGCCAAGGCUGUCGAGCAGUCUCUGGCAGAGCUGUCAACGCUGCUCAAGGGCACCAAAAAGGCCGGAAAGGCGGUUUCCGCGCCUGCGGUGUCGACUGAUGCGGCCAACGACGAUAAUCGGUCCGACUUUGGCGAAGAGGAGAGUCUCGAUGCUCGCACCGCCGCCGAUAAGGCCCGCCGAAAGAAGAGCCUAAAGUUCUAUACUUCGCAGAUCGUCCAGAAGGCCAACAAGCGUGCUGGCGCUGGUUGCGACGCCGGUGGUGAUAUGGACAUUCCGUACCGCGAACGACUCAGGGACCGGCAGGCCCGUCUCAACGCCGAGGCGGAACAUCGCGGUAAGAAGGGCAGCAAGUUUGGUGCCGACCUAGGCGGUGACGAUAGCGAUGGCGAUGACGCCGCCGUGGCCAAGCAGGUGCGCGGCGAGGAGGACGAGUAUUAUGACAUGGUGGCGCAGGGCGCGCAGAAGAAGCGGGCCGACAAGGCGGCUCGGUACGAGGCGCUCGCGCAGGCACGCAAGGGCGAGCGCGUGGUGGAGACGGAGCAGAUCGGGCCCGACGGCAAGCGGCAGAUCACAUACCAGAUCCAAAAGAACAAGGGGUUGACGCCGCACCGCAAGAAGGAGGUGCGCAACCCGCGUGUGAAGAAGAGGAUGAAGUUCGAGGAGAAGCAGAAGAAGUUGAAGAGCAUCAAGGCCGUGUACAAGGGUGGGGAGGGCCGGGGCGGCUACCAAGGCGAGAUGUCGGGCAUCAAGACGGAUUUGGUCAAGAGUGUCAAGUUGUGAGGGCAGCUGGGUUGUGGUUGUUAUGGUCGCGACGCAAUAUACGGCCGCAGGCUUUGCCGCCGCACUCCUGCAAGUGCUCUUUACUACUGCCCAGGUGCCAUGCAACUGCUGCAUUAUCUGUAGCGCAUUCACUCUCUUUCCGAACCUGACAUGUCCUAG